GGCGGCGGCCGCGGCGCUGCGCUGCGCUGCGCUCCCCUCCCCGGCGGCGGCCGGCCUGCGCGUGACGUCACGCCGCGCGUGGCGACGUCACGGCGGCGCCGCAGCGCGGGGGAGGCGGCGCGCGGCACCAUGAGCGCGGAGGACGAGCUGAGCCUGCUGGUCGUCAUCGUUGACACCAACCCGAUCUGGUGGGGGAAGAGGGCGCUGGGAGAAGCUGAGCAGUUCACCCUCUCAAAAUGCCUGGAUGCGGUGAUGGUCCUGGGAAAUUCGCACUUGUUUAUGAACCGUACCAACAGACUGGCUGUCAUAGCGAGUCACACACAAGAAAGUCGUUUCUUGUACCCUGGGAAGCAUUGGACUUUUGCAGAUCUCUUUGGAGAUGGUGGUAGUUUUAUGGAAUCUAAUUGCUCUGGCAGCAAAGAUGGGAAAUACGAAUUGUUAACGGCAAUAAACGAUGCAAUUGCAGAGGAGAUUAAAGACCUCAUGACAAAAACUGACAUGAGGGGCCAGCAAACGGAAACUCUGUUAGCAGGAUCACUUGCUAAAGCACUUUGUUAUAUUAACAAGAUGAGCAAAGAGGUAAAAGGCAAUCAAGAAAUUAAAUCAAGAAUUCUGGUCAUAAAAGCUGCAGAAGACAGUGCACUGCAAUAUAUGAAUUUCAUGAAUGUGAUCUUUGCAGCACAGAAACAGAGCAUUUUGAUUGAUGCCUGUGUCUUGGACUCUGAUUCAGGUCUUCUACAACAGGCUUGUGACAUUACAGGUGGCAUAUACUUGAAAGUGCUCCACAUGCCAUCCCUUCUGCAAUAUUUGCUGUGGGUAUUUCUCCCUGAUCAAGAGCAAAGAUCACAGCUUGUCCUUCCACCCCCCAUUCAUGUUGACUACAGAGCUGCAUGUUUCUGUCAUCGAAAUCUCAUUGAAAUUGGUUAUGUCUGCUCUGUGUGCUUGUCAAUAUUCUGCAACUUCAGUCCUAUCUGUAGUACAUGCGAGACUGCUUUCAAAAUAUCAUUACCGCCUGUCAUGAAAGCUAAGAAGAAGAAAUUAAAGUUAGCUGUAUAACAACAUUAUGUGAAUACACCAUUACCUCCUCCAGUAAUUCCAUGAAAUGGAAUAUAUCUGAGAAAUUGAUGGCACUUUUUAUUGGAUAUGAAAGAGAACUGUAUACAGUGUUAUUGUUUGUUUCUUAGGGAUAAAUAUUUAAAUCAUGUGUUUCCUACACAGCCCUCUAAGUAACAAAUCACUGUAUUAACAUGUAACCUCUGCUUAGUUGUAAAUAGGAACCAGAAUAUACAGCUUGUUUAAGAUACAGACCUUGUGAAGUAGAAGGUAUACUGGCCACUGCAAAGUUUCACGUGUCUGGGUUAAUUUUCAGAGACUGGGAAGCUCUGAUUCUUUCCAGUCAUAUGUUUAUACAAAGGUAAGCAUGAUCAUUCCUGGAGUAUAGGAUCAGAGCUUUAGCAUUGUUAUUCAGGGACUUCAGCUUUCUGUUGGGUUUUGCUGCCAGUUUUGAGGACUGAAACAGGAUCGUUUUUCAAAAUAAAUGAGCCAAAAUUUUCAAGAUGAUCUAGAACCUACCUUCCUUUUGAAAGAUGUUAAUUUAAUUCUCUUGCAUGUGUACGUUCACAUGUUUUCACAUUCUUUUAUUCCCUUUGGCAGUACUGUCUUUGUGAUGCUUUUUUUUCAAUUUGAUAUCUUUUCUUCAGAAUAUAAAUAUUCACUAGAAUAAUAUUGCCUUGUAAUAGAGGUAAUUUUCCUACUGAAGUUUAGAAACAGAAAACUUUUUUUUUCAUCCAUGAAUAAAAAGGACCCUUUUUGUUUAGAGUAGUUUCAACAACUGCAAACUGGGUGAGUAGUCUUUAAGAUUGUAUUUUGAAACUGGAAAACAGAAAAUGUAACACUAUGUAAUAUGACAGCAGACUUUUUUGUUUGUUUGUUUUAAAUAUUUGUAAGUAUCCCAUGGCUUUAUCUCUGGCAUUUGACAGGCUAGAAGGAAGGCUUAUUAUGUAUUUUGGAUUGGUGCUUUUUAUAUGUCAAAAUAUAACGGUAUGCUGCCUAUUUCUUCCAAACGUUGCUUUAGUUAUUAAAAAAAAUCAACUUUUAAAUAACUGCAUAAUUUCAUCCUUUAACCAGUAGCUAAUAACUGAAGUUCUCCUGAAAGGUGUAGGGGGAAUAAUUGUUUCCUACAUAGGAAAAGUUUAUAUAUAUAUUUUUUUAAGGUGUACACAGGAAUUUAUAUAAUGUCUUGCUACUUGCAUCAGGUUUUUGUCUAUGUAAGUGUUGUAAUAAGUGCGAAUCCUUUAUUAGUGCGUUUAACUGCUGAAUGCUGUUUUGUUUGAGGACUGUAUUUAUAAUUUGCUUUGUAUAAAACAUUUGUAAUAAAAACAGCUUUUUUUCCAAGUA